AUGGCUGGACCAGAGGAGACGCCCGAUGUGAAAAUGAACGGGAUCAAGAGAGCCUCACCGGAGGUGAAUUUCUGGCAGCGGAAAAAGUUCAAGACGGAGGAGUUACCAUUGUCUGCGGCGCAACAUGCAGCGAUCGAGAAUCUGUUGCAUUCGUUCAAGAAAAAGGGUGGCUUUGACAACGUGCGCAAGAAGAUAUGGGCUGAUUUCGACGGAGGGGAAUACAAGACAGAAUUUACGCAACUACUGAUUGAGCUAGCGGAUUCGCAGAUCGACCGAGAACCCGAGCUUCUAUCGCGCGAACGCGGCAAAGCAGCGACACUGAUCGAAGGAGCAGCGGACCGCAACAACGUCUACAAAACCGUGGAGACGUCAAUCGAAACGAUAGCGACGAAUCAUGUUGACUUCAUACUAAAUUCUGUCCGAGAGAUUCGUCGCCAUGAAAUUGGCGAGGAAGCCGCGGCGCAAGAGGAGCGAAACGGAAACAAGACCGACGAAGAUUAUGCGGCCGUCAUUCAAGCCAAGCGGGACGAGCGAGAAAAAGUUCACCAGGAGGCUAUGCGCAAACAGAAAGAGAUCGAUGAUGAGAAAAGGAGGAUUAGAGCUGAGGAGGAUCGGAAGAAGCGCGAAAUCCAGCGCCAGAAGGACGAAGAGGAGCGAGCUAGAAGGAGAGAGCGGGAUGAACAGAGACGUGCUGAGCGCGAGCGUCUGCGCGAAGAACAACAGAAACUUGAUGAACAAAGAGAUCGAGAACGAGACGAAAGAUACGAGCGACGUCGACGAGAAGAGCGUGAAAGAUAUCGGGAUUGGGGGCGCGAGCGCAGUCGGAGUCGCAGCCGGACUCGAGAUAGGGAACGAGAGCGAGGCAGAGACAGAGACAGAGACAGGAACAGGAAUUGGGAUAGCUACCGGGCGCGUGACCGCUCCCCAAGCCGUCGUUCUGACCGUGCCGUACCCGAGCGACCUCGCGAUUCUAAGACAAUGUCCACGGACCCGACAUCUGCGCCCCCGCGACCGCCCCCGCAACCACUGCUGCCUGUGGAUGAGAAAUCGCUUGAAGAGGCUGCUCUACAAAUGUUGUUGAAAGAAGGCGAAGAGCUUGCGGCGAAGGCCCGGCAGAAGCCCGAGUUUGAUUUCGAGGAAGCGGAGGCCAUUGAGAACGGUCUGAAAGCCCCUACAACGGAGCAAUCUAAAUCUAGUACUCCAGCACAGGAUACAUAUGUUGAAAGAAGGCGGUCGACAGCAGCGGCAGCAGCCGCAACAACAACAACUGAUGACCGGCAACGGGAGCGCAAACGAGAGGGCAGCCGCAGCCGCAGUCGCACCCGCAGACAUUCCUCGCGCUUUGAUGGAGACCGUCGAGGCGAGCGAUCACGGGAGACAUCCAUCCGACCGCGGGACCGUGAUGAUGGUCGAGCUCCUAUCCGUGGGUAUGACCGUUAUGAGAGUUAUCGACCUGGCCGUCGGAGUAGGAGUCGAUCUACCACACGUGGCCAAGAUCGGGACCGGGAUCGUGUUCGCGAUGACCGGUACAGGGAUGAUCGGGAUAGGGAUCGGAUACGAGAUCGACAACCAUCUGAAAGAGAACGAGAUUAUCGUCAUCGGGACCGCAGCCGAGAAAGGGACCGCGAAAGAGAACGGAAUCGAGAUGAGUAUCGUCGCCGACGUUCCCCCUCGCGUGCUAGAGACCGGGACCAGGACCGAGCUCGUGACCGUGACAGUGAAAGACCGAGAGAGAGAAACCGGGACCGGGAUCGAGACCGUGAUCGAGUGCGUGAGCGCGAACGUGAACGAGAACGAGAACGAGAAAGGCCACGAGAGAAGGAACAAGAUCGCGAACGUCACCGUGACCGAGAAAGACCCCGAGAGGGGGAUCGAGACCGCGAGAGAGACAGAGACCGGGGGCGAGCACCCUCCCAAUCACGCGGCCGUGCAUCUUCGCGGAAACGGUCACGAUCCCGAGUAGGUGCUCGCUCGCGCUCCCGCCAUCGCUCCCCCAGCGUCCUCGACAUCGACCGCUAUGUCCCGCCGACAAGCCGUCGUAGUCGAUCCCCACGUCGACGGGUGCGAUCUCCAGACCGGCCCGAUCGACCAGACCGGGAUGACCGCGGACGAAUUGACCGAUAUAUCCCCGGUGGUACUGUUAGUGCGGGCGGGGAACGUGAACAAAGAGAUCGAGAGCCGGAAAAAGCGCGGGAUGUUUCGAAAAGGCGGAGCCCGGAUCGCAGUCGAUGA